AGAGCAUGCUAGGAUUUCAGAGCUAUAUCAUGCCACUCAAAUUUUAUUGGCUGGGAGACAAAGGUUUCUUCAUUUAAGCCUGGAGGGACAGAGGGGAGUGUGAGAAUUACUGCACAUCUUUUGAUUAUUCAUUAUUUCUUUGCUCUUUGCCUUCCACAAAACAGGGUUUGGAUAGAGCUUGCAACAAACUGGAUCCCUAUCUACUUCUUCCAAGGCACCAAGGCUAAAUUCCUACCAUGCUGGAUCUAUACACAGCUGCACUUGGACUUUUGAUUCUUCUGCCCCUGCUGGGCAAAUUUUUCUUCCCCUAUUUUUGGCUGGAUCUGAGAACCCUCUUCUACUGCAUACACAUGGGAUACAGAUGCCACAGUUACAUGCAGCGCACUCCCCCUUUCACUCUCCUGGAUCAAUUUUUGGCCAGAGUCCAGAAGUAUUCAGAGAAACCCUUGAUUCUCUUUGAAGAUGAGGUUUAUACCUACCGGGACAUUGAUAGACACAGCAACCAGAUAGCCAGAGUGCUGAAGGGCUAUGUGGGGCUGAAAGAAGGGGAUACCAUGGCUGUUUUCUUAAAGAACAUCCCUGCCUAUCUCUCAGUUUGGAUAGGCUUGGCAAAGAUUGGCUGCACCAUGGCAUGUAUCAACUAUAACAUACGACUCAGGUCUCUGUUGCACGUGCUGAAAUCUUGCAAGGCCAAAGUUCUUCUAACAACUCCAGAUUUAAAAGAUGCCAUUGAAGAUGUCCUGCCUACUUUAAAUAAUGAAGGGAUACGUGUUUUUUAUCUAAGCGAUGAUUCCCCAACUGAAGGUGUAGAGGUGCUGCUCGAACGGAUCAAAUUAAGCUCAACUGAAUCAGUGCCUUUUUCCUUCAGAGCCAAUGUAACACCUAAAUCUACAUGCCUGUAUAUUUUCACCUCUGGGACCACAGGACUCCCCAAAGCUGCUAUCAUUUCCCAGAAGAAAGCGUUAGUGGUGUCCCAUCUGUUACGCCUGUGCAGAAUCCAUUCUGAGGACGUUGUUUACAUUCCACUCCCACUCUACCACUCAGCUGGAUUCUUUGGGCUUCUGGGGUGCGUAGACAUGGGGGCUACAUGUGCUCUGAAGUCUAAGUUCUCUGUUUCUCAUUACUGGGAGGACUGCAGACGUUACCAUGUCACUGUGAUCCAGUACAUAGGAGAAAUGAUGCGCUACUUGUGUAAUGUACCAAAGAAAGACAAUGACCGUGACCACAGGGUGCGAGUAGCCAUUGGCAAUGGGAUGCGAAUUGAGAUUUGGAAGGAGUUCCUGAACCGAUUUGGACCCAUCCAAAUCUACGAAACAUAUGGAGCUACUGAAGGAACUGCUGGAUUCAUUAAUUACACAGGAAAAGUUGGAGCUGUGGGAAGGACCAAUUUCUUCAUCAGGAAGCUAUUUAACUAUAAACUUGUGCAGUACGAUGUGGAUGCAAAUCAGCCUGUGAGAGAUGAGAAGGGGCUCUGUAUCCCAGUGACUAGAGGACAGACAGGUUUAAUGGUGAUCAAGAUAAAUGCUACACUCCCAUUUGAAGGCUACGCCAGAGAUCACCAGAACACAGAGAAGAAAAUUCUCCAGGAUGUCCUGAAGAAAGGAGACAGUUACUUCAACACCGGUGAUCUCUUGAUGGAAGACCAUGAAGGUUUUCUCUAUUUCCAGGAUCGGGUGGGAGAUACUUUCCGCUGGAAAGGGGAGAACGUGGCCACUACUGAGGUUGAGAUGACAUUGGCAGUUUUGGACUUUAUUGAGGAAGUCAAUAUAUAUGGAGUACCAGUGCCAGGGCAUGAAGGAAAGAUUGGGAUGGCAGCCAUACGGGUCAAGGAUGGGCUUUCUUUUGAUGGAAAGAAGCUAUUUGUACAUACCAAUGAUUAUCUACCAAGCUAUGCCAUACCUCGCUUCAUUCGUAUCCAGGCAGCUCUGGAGAUCACAGGAACUUUCAAGCAGUGCAAAAGUCAGCUGGUAAGGGAUGGAUUCAACCCUGCCACUAUCAAUGAGCCCCUCUUCUUCCGGGAUGACUCAGAAAAGAACUACGUGCCCAUGACUGAGGAGAUCUAUCACUCCAUUGUAGAGAAGGAAAGGAAACUGUGAAAGAAGGUUCAAAGAGAAGUAUAAUAGUCUUUCCUGAACAGCUUUAGAAGCUCAAGGAUCCCUGGAGCAGCCAUCCAUGUUUUGAUUCUACUCAAGAAGGAGGGAUUUAUGACCAGAACAUUAUUUCUUCUCUAUCCACUUAAUCGUGUAUUUGUGUGUUCUUGAGAAA